CCCACUGGAACAGAAAAUAGUGACAAAAUAAACCAUGGAAGAAGAAGAAGAUGAAGAAAUCUCCCAACUCCAAGCUCUUUAUAUACCUCACCAAAAUACUUAUAAGCAUAAUGGUAACUCAAAAAGUGAAGGAUCAAAUAAAGAGGAUUUGACGAUCAAUCAUGUAUCGGAAAUGCAUGGCGUCUAGUCUUACAAGAAGAUGCAUUUCGAGCUCAAUCAGAACCAGUACUACUUGGUGGGACCACGUUAACCCUGCUUCUAAGGACCCCAUUACUGGCGUCACUGAAGCUUUUCUUGCGGACCCAAAUCCCAACAGGAUCAAUCUUAGAAUGGGGGCUUAUAGGGAUGACGAGGGGAAAUCUGUCGUUCUACAGUGUGUUCGAGAUGCUGAGGCCAAGAUUGCGGGUUCUGAGUUCUUGUGAGUACCGUGUUGAUUGAUGUUAAAUAUGAUUAGCGUUUGAUUCGGAAAAAUAACCCAUUUGUACAAGAGAUCUGUUUCUUUCUUAUACUCAAAUUUAGAGUGGGUUAUGUUUGUUAGUCUAAGUUUGAUAGGCAGAUUUUUUUUUUUUUUGU